GAAGGAACUCACUGCCCACCAUAGCGAUCAUAUUACAUUACUAAAUGUAGGCCUAUUUUAAUUCCUAAUUCUAUUCMGCCAACCUUCGGGUGGCCCUGACAACAGGCCUAUUACCGUGACAUCAAGUUAACCAAGUGAUAUUUUGACAGCCUACACACCGAUUAGUUUAGCAGAAUCUCGCAGACAAAGAAGGACGGAUUUUGCUCGGGACAGUCAGUGCGUUCCCAGAGCGCAGCGCGACAUGCRGAGCCGAUACACCAACACACCUACACACACACUGAUGGGUUGCUGUUGGGUCCGUGUGCUCGGGAGUAAGAGACAGAAAAAAGCAAACGCGUGAGCACGCACAGGCACUGAGACAGCUGCGAACACAAUCCAGCACAGUGACCAUAAUUKUCCAGCUGUAGGCUACCGUAGCAUACUCUUGUGGGUCUCCUUGUCGUUUUUUACGCGCGUCCUGGAGGAGUUGUCGACCGUUGGGUAGAUUACGUGCCGACAUGUCAACGGUUACAGCUUCGGUGGUUGAUGUUUCCAGAACUAUUUAUUCAACCAAAAACGGCAACCGUGGCCGUAAUUAUACAGGCCAGUGCACGCCCAUGCCCCAGCCCGCCCUGGGCACCCAGAAGAUCAUUCAGGGGAAUGGCACCAAUGUGGGCACGGUGAUCACCCUGCAGUGCCCAURCAGACACCGUCUGGUGGGGGGCAAUGAGGUGUCCUGUGUUUGGGGCAGCAACAGCACCCAGUGGUCAGGAGGCUCUCCAUGGUGUAAACCGGUGUCCCCGUCGGAAGACUUUGGGUUCCGUGUGGCAGUGGUGGCAUCCAUCAUCAGCUGUGCCAUCAUCCUCCUCAUGUCCAUUGCCUUCAUCACCUGCUGUCUGCUCGACUGUGUCACYGAGGAGGAGAAGAAGAAGGAGGAGAGGGAGACGCGUCUGUGGCACCAGCUGGAGCAAGUGGAACUGGAAGAGAACAGGGCCUCUCGCUAUGGCCACAAUGGCAGGAACAACAAUAACAACACCCAGGAGAAGGCACUUCCACCAUGGGUCAACAAUGACCCUUCAAUGUGUGACAAUAAGAGACCCAGCUGGUUAGGACUGUGUGUGUGUGUGUGUGUGCCUGCGUGCAUGCAUGUUCAUGCGUGUCUGCCUUGCAAAGCUCAAUGUCUCUGUGUCUGUCCUCUCUACAGGUAUCAUCAGUACCCCUAUGCUCUGACUGGUCCAGUCCAGGCCACCACUGGCCCAGCCCUCAACUCAGCUCCUCUUCCCUGCAGAGGCUACAACCAGCCCAUCCUCCCACACAACUCAGGCCUCUACCACAACCCAGGUCUGCCACACAAUCCAGGUCUACUUCAAAACCCUKUCCCAACCCAGUAUCCAGGUCCACCUCAGACCACGGGCCUGGUUCAGAACCAAGUGGUACCCCCAGGCUCAGGCCUGGUCAGGCAGUAUGGAGGACAGGAGGGCAGUGUAUCUCCACUUCUGGAGAAGCCCUACAGGAUGUGUCGACASCCCCUCUAUGUCAAGGAGCGCCCCGUACGGGUCAUAUCCGUGUGAGGUCACAACCAGGAAGUGACUGAACAUAGACCACAGGGUCAUGGAUAAACUGAACAUCAACCAGCUGGAAACUAUAUCCAAAAGUAAAGAGGACCACCUGAAUUGUUACCAAGCCUAUGCCAUUAUUAACCAGGCACCAAUGAAUAUCGCCGGACUAAAUGACCACAUGACCAUUUAUUAGUCAUUUGACAUUGACCUGCAGUAGACCAUUCAGUGACAAGGCAGCAUUUCUAGGGUGCAUCAGACAUGUGCCUUAAACGCAGACCCUAUCCCUCUGGACACUGCCCGAAGCGGAAAGUUGUGCUUACAGYGGAGAACAGUCUUUAUUCCAUAGGAAUCACUUAUUAUGUUGCUGCCUGAUUUCACAGUGUUCCUCCUGGAAAUGUACAAUAGUAAUAAACAUGUGCACAGUAAAUAUUUCAGUUCUYAAAUGGAAUGUCCUGUAUCUCUGAGCCAUGAAACUCUAGUAAUUAUGAUUCUGGAAAGAAUCAUGUUGUACAMUAUUCAGCAUUUUUAGGUUUGAUGCUUUUGCUUUGGUGGAUCAAGGGAUAGCAUGUGUAGGCCUACAUUUCCCAAUCCUGCUGUGUACAAUAUGGGAUGGUACCUCAUGGUAUAAAUAACUCUUACAUGUUAUUCUGUACUAUUGGAAUUUUAUGAUACUUUUUUUAUUUUCCUAUAGCCCACGCAAGUCCCACCGCGGAUGGAUUGACAAUUAAUCAUGUAAUAAAUUCUAUGUUCUUAAA